GCUCGAAGAAAUCUACGAAGAUCGCGACAUGCGAGGACUCUACCAACACCUCAAGAGAUCAGUGAGCCUCAGCGGGAGACAAGCGGGGGGACAGCAGUUCGUCGCGGACGAGAACGGCGUGUUGCUCCGGAACAGGGACGACAUCCUCCAGCGGUGGGCGAGAUUCUUCAGCACCCUUCUCAACACCAAAUCCCCCACCCUGAACCCAGACAUCAUCGAACGAAUGACGCAGCGGCCAGCGACACGUGACACACAACGGUUGGGAGAUGUGCCAGAACUCGAGGAGGUAGCACGGGCAACGAAAGGCCUCAAGAACUGGAAGGCACCCGGCAAUGACUCCCUCCCUGCCGAGAUGCUCAAGAUUGAUGACGACGAACCCUUCGUCCAGGGACACCUCUACACCAUCCUCGUCAAGGUGUGGAACGGAGGAGAUAUUCCGCGAGAGUGGAAGGAUGCAACCAUCAAGGUGCUGUACAAGAAGGGUGACCGGUCCAAGUGUAUCAACUACAGGGGGAUUUCGCUACAAUCUCACGUAGGCAAGGUCCCCAUCAAGAUCAUCACCAACCGUCCAAGCUUCUUCUGCGAAGCCAACAACAUCCUCCCGGAGUAACAGUGCGGAUUUCGACCCGGGCGUUCCACUGUUCGUCAUGCGCCGCCUCCAGGAGCUGGGGCGGAGAAAGAAAAUACCCCUCUACAUGUGCUUCGUCGACUUGAAGAAGGCGUAUGAUUCGGUGGACCGAGAGAUGCUAUGGAAGGUGCUGGCCAGGGCCGGGAUUCCCGCGAAGCUGAUCGAAGUCAUCCGCCAAUUCCACGAUGGAAUGCGGGCCCGGGUGCGCAUGGACGACGGAGAACUAUCGGACUGGUUCUUCGUGACACAGGGCGUGCGACAAGGAUGUGUGCUAUCCCCACUGCUGUUCAACAUCUUCUUUGCCGAGGUCCUCGCGGUCGUUGUCAUCCGAUUCAGCGAGGAUGAUGUUGUUCCGCGGAGCCUGGUGUGCUUGGAGGAGGGGAAGACGGAAGCGGGGUGGGGUGGGGAGACACCCCUUGACCGAGUACGGAGGGCAGUAUGGGGGAUGCUGUAUGCGAUGAUGUCGGCGUCGUAUCGAGGUCUGCAGAAGGACUGGCGAGAAUGAUGACCAUCAUCGUUGAGGUGUUCGGGGAGUUCGGGCUAACGGUGUCGGAGAAGAAGACGGAGACGCUCCUGAUGCGCGCAAAUGACAAGCCGACUACAACAUCACAGCCCGCCCCGCCUCCACCACUGACCAUCGAAGCCGCUUGUGUUGUUGAUUUCGUGGUUUACGCAAAUACCGCCGCCGCUUAAAAAAAAAACAAAGGAAUCGCGGCGAAAUAUCCGACAGACUGCGGGCGCACAUUGCGAUUGUGCGGUUGUUCACGGAAGCUGGUGCUGCCGCCCGCUGCACACGUAACCAGGCACACGACGAGACGCAGGGCCACUACUCCCGAUGACGGUGGUACGGCCUCGCACUGGAGUGGGUGCACGCCGUACCGCCGUCGCUCGCCGCAACACACGGGUGCAAAUCGUGACGGUAGCUGCUCUCCAGUGCCUCGCCGCGACGGCAGCGUUGGCUUGUGCGUUCCAAGUCGUCCACACUCGGCGUGGAGCAUGCGUGAGAAGGAGCCGGCAGGAGUGGGAGGAGUUCACCAAACCUUUAGAGCAGGAUGGGUCCUUCAAGACUCGGUAUCGCAUGAGCCCGAAGGAGUUCAAAGGGCUGUACGAGAUGCUGCGCGGACGUCUUGAGUGCCACAGUCCCAAAGGGCAUGGCCACAACGGCAACAUAGCUGGGGAGUGGGCGCUAGCUAGCACGUUGCGGUGGCUCGCAGAGCACGGCGUCAGCGCUGCAGCUGAUGGUCCCCACAUGGCCACGAGCACAGCAUUUGCGAAGAUCAACAUAGGGCUGCAUGCCAUCAACGACUGUGGGGGGCUUCGGAUAAAGUGGCCGAGAACGGAGGGUGGACUGCAAGCGAAGGUGCGGGUGUUCGCUGCUCGGAGUUCCCAAUUUGACCCUGUCCUGAAGCCCUGUGUGGGAGCAUUGGAU